GACGAAAUGCCACCAACAUUCAUAUACGAUUUACCACGCAAUCCAGCUAUAGCAGUUGGAUUACCUAUUGCUUUAGGAUCACUCUCUGGCGCCAUAACCAAGUCAUCAGUGGAUACAUGGUUCGCUGGGUUGAAGAAGCCAUCAGGACACCCACCAAAGAUCGCCUUCCCAUUAGUAUGGACAUUCCUUUACGGUGCUAUGGGUUAUGCUGCUCAUUUGACAGCUUCCCAUGUGAACACUCCAUUUAUCGGUGACGCAGCUAGGGAUAACUUACAACUGCAAUACAUACAAUUCGGAUUAAAUAUGCUUUGGACUCCGUUAUUCUUUGGCGCUAAGAAACCCGUCUUAGGAUUAAUCAACAUUACUGCUUUGUUAGGUACGGUUAUUAAGAUUACAAAGGAUCUAAGGGGAAUAGACUCAACCGCUCAUUACUUAUAUUUGCCUUACUGCGCAUGGUUGGCUUAUGCUACUUACCUUAAUGCCGGGAUUAUUUAUAAAAAUUACAACAAAUGAGUCAGUAUCCUUGCUAUGAAUUCAACGUUUUGAUGUAUCCGAUCAAAUUCCGCCGAGGGUAUCUUGUCUUUAUAUUUACCGACGAAUUUAUCAGGAUGGAAGAUACGCAUGAGAUCCCGUAUAAGCUUCCUCUGUUCAGAUGAGCUGAUGAUGUCUAGUUGGAGGAAUUUCGUGAUACUCUCGCUUGAGAUAUCCUUGUCAAUCGAAGGGUAUUUGAUGUUCUUGAUAGUGAUUUCAUCAGGGGUGUCCAACCAGAAGCGCCUGAAUGAUAUCCUAUAAUUCUCUAUAUCUUCUGCUUCUUUCUUUGAUUGUUUUAUGGCGCUCUCCUUUAGUUCACUUUGAAUCUGUUCUUUAGCCGCUUGUUUAGCUUUCUUAUGCUUGCCAGCGGAUGACUGUCUCGAUCUUCUUGAUUCCCUAUCUUGUUCAGCUUCUUUCGGAUGGUAUCUUUGCCACAUACCAGCUCUGAUUCUCUCCGCAUAACUCUCUUCGUCAUCUAAAUCGUUAUCGCUGUAUGAAUCAAAGUAUUGGUGCUGCCAUCUAUGUGGUAUAUAGGCUUCAAAUUCGGCAUCCUCGUCCGCAAUAUCAGCUAAUUUACUUAUAAAUUCCUCGUCCUCAUCACGUUUGCAUGCCUUUCUUGGGGGAGUUAUUGGCUCAUCAAAUUCUGCAUACCUUGGUGGACUAACGAAUAUUCUUUUCUUGUAAGUCUUUUUUAGGUUAUUAAUUUCGUCCUCUUCAAUUUCACUUUUCGUUUUCUUAAACUUGAGUUUAUUCAUUCAAGAAAUGACAAAAAUAAGUGAGGAUGAUUUUUAUAUUGGUAUAAUUGGUAUGGGUGAUAUGGGUAAAAUGUACGCUAGAAAUUUCAGUAAAGCGGGUUGGAAAUGCGUCGUCUGUGAUAGAGAGGAGAACUACAACACUUUACUAGAGGAGUUCAAAGAUACUUCUGUUGAAGUCGUUAAGAACGGUCAUUUGGUUUCACGUAAAGCCGAUUUCAUCAUUUACUCAGUCGAAGCGGCAUUCAUUGACAAAGUAGUAGCAGAAUACGGCUCAUCUACCAAAGUUGGUGCUACCGUAUCCGGUCAGACAUCCGUGAAAGCACCAGAAAGAGCGGCAUUCGAGAAACACUUACCAAAGGAUGUGCACGUUGUUUCUGUACACUCCCUUCAUGGCCCUACUGUCAGCCCUGAAGGUCAGCCAUUGGUUCUCAUUCAACAUAACUCUCCGGAUUGGGUUAUGCGCAAAACAGAGCAAGUAUUUGACUGCUUUCGCAGUCGAUACGUAUAUCUCACUUAUGAGGAACAUGACAUCGUCACUGCAAACACACAGGCAGUCACCCACGCAGCUUUCUUAAGUAUGGGUACAGCUUGGAACAUGUCGCAAAGCUAUCCAUGGGAAUUAGAUAGAUACGUCAACGGAAUUGAAGUAGUUAAAUGCAAUAUCGCUUUACGUAUAUACGCCAAUAAGUGGCACGUUUACGCCGGUCUCGCUAUUUUGAAUCCAAGUGCACAUGCUCAAGUCAGACAAUUCGCAACAUCUGCGACCGAUUUGUUCAAGUUGAUGGUAGUAGGAGACUACGAAAGCUUGAAACAGCGUGCUUUGGAAGCAAGAAGAGCAGUAUUCGGAUACAAAGAUGGUGUAGAACCUGGUGCAAAUGGUGAAAAAUGCGAACGUACACCAAUAUUACUCAGUGACACACUUUUAGAUAGGUUUUCUUUGCAUCAACCAUCAAGUCAACACUGCUCAGCUAGAAACUCCCACCUUACAAUUCUAACAAUGGUUGAUUGCUGGCACAAACUUGGUAUACAUCCAUUCGAUCAUUUGGAUGUUGCUGGCACACCAUUAUUUAGAAUGUGGAUUGGUGUUGCGGAAUAUCUCUUUAGGUCACCUGAAAGAUUAAACCUUGCUUUGGAAUCUGCAGCGUAUGACACAAGUCACAGAGCAGACGAUACGGAAUUUGUCGUCGCUACGAGAGGAUGGUCAGAAGUAAUUGAACAUGGUUCAUUUACUCAUUAUAAGGAAAAGUUUGAAUCAACUGCGAAAUUCCUCGAACCACGCUUCGAAGAAGCUAACAGAAUGAAUAAGGAGAUGCUCAAGGUGAUUAUGGAGAGUGGUGCACCAAAAUCGAUGAAAACACCACCAAAGAAGUUAAGUUCACUGCCAUUAGUGAAGUAAUUGUAAAUUAUUAUGCAUUACCUAAUUCUAAA